GCGGCCCCGGCUUCGGCCAGUUCCGUUGCUAGCGGUGCAGAAACCGCCGCGCGCGUCGCUCUGUCUUCUUGCCGCGCUCCCGCCGCCCGCACCUGCCGCCCAGCGCGCCGCAGCCCGGCCCCAGCAUGACGGACCAGGCGCCCUUCGACACUAAUGUGAACACCCUGACCCGCUUCGUCAUGGAGGAGGGCAGGAAGGCCCGCGGCACGGGCGAGAUGACCCAGCUGCUCAACUCGCUCUGCACGGCGGUCAAAGCCAUCUCCUCCGCGGUGCGCAAGGCGGGCAUCGCGCAGCUGUAUGGAAUCGCUGGCUCAACCAACGUGACUGGUGACCAAGUGAAGAAGCUGGAUGUCCUCUCCAACGAUCUGGUUGUCAACAUGUUAAAGUCAUCCUUUGCCACCUGUGUUCUCGUGUCGGAGGAAGAUAAACAGGCCAUAAUCAUAGAGCCUGAUAAAAGGGGUAAAUAUGUGGUCUGUUUUGAUCCCCUUGAUGGUUCUUCCAACAUCGAUUGCCUUGUGUCUAUUGGAACCAUUUUUGGCAUCUACAGAAAGACCUCCACGGGUGAGCCUUCCGAGAAGGACGCUUUGCAGCCGGGCCGGAAUCUGGUGGCAGCCGGCUAUGCGCUGUAUGGCAGUGCCACCAUGUUGGUCCUUGCCAUGGACUGUGGUGUCAACUGCUUCAUGCUGGAUCCGUCCAUCGGAGAGUUCAUCUUGGUGGACAGCAAUGUAAAGAUCAAAAAGAAAGGAAACAUCUACAGUCUCAAUGAGGGCUACGCCAAGGACUUUGAUCCUGCCAUCACCGAGUAUGUCCAGAGGAAGAAGUUCCCCUCAGAUAAUUCAUCACCGUAUGGUGCCCGGUACGUGGGCUCCAUGGUGGCUGACGUUCACCGCACUCUGGUCUACGGAGGCAUCUUCAUGUACCCAGCUAACAAGAAGAGCCCCAAGGGCAAGUUGAGACUUCUGUACGAGUGUAACCCAAUGGCCUACGUCAUGGAGAAGGCAGGGGGAUUGGCUACCACUGGGAAGGAAGCCGUAUUGGACAUCAUUCCCACUGAAAUCCACCAGAGGGCGCCAAUCAUCUUGGGGUCCCCUGACGAUGUGAAGGAGUUCCUGGAAAUAUAUAAGAAGCACGCCGACAAAUGAAGAGCUGGCCUUCCCCAUGCCAAAAAAAAAAAAAAAAAAAAAAAAUGCCUUUUAUCUGGACCAAA